UGCUGCUUCCAAAUGCCUCCGUUGUCACGUUUUGAUCCCAGAAAUUCUGAAGAUCAAGUCUCAAAACGCUGCUAAGUUGGCCGUGGGCGCCCCCAUGGGGGACCCGGGCCCCCGCCGCGCGACGCUGGUGUCCCGCUUGCCCAUCUUCCGGAGGAGCCUCAGCCGGCGACACGCGACGCUGCCCUCGUGGCCCUCGCCGGGGGGACCCAGCUCGUCACCCUCCAACAGCACCAACUCCAGCUCGGGCAGCAGCGGGAAGCGCCGCAGCAUCUUCCGGACGCCGAGCAUCAGUUUCCGCGCCAAAAAGGAUGCUGCGGGCUUGGGUACCACAACCAGCAGCAGCAGCAGCAGCAGCAGCAACGCGGCGCCGCGGUCGGGCUGGGAUGACACGACCAAGGGCCAGGGCCGGGCGCGUCCGGCCUCGGGGGGCAGCUCCCGGGGGUCCCGGAGGCUGCCCCGCUCGCUGACCGAGGAGCUGGGCAGGGCCCGGGAGUCCCCGGGCAGCAAGAGCGUCUUCAUGAACUGCCUGGGCGCGGCGGGUCCGAGCGAGGGCGACGACUCGGGCUUCGCCGAGGAGCGCGCGCAGCGGCCGGCGCGCGCGUCGGGCCCCAAGAGGCUGCUGGGCAAGUCCUUGUCGUCGCACUGCCCGCUGUCCCCGCCGGCCCCGCCGCCCGCCCGCCUCCCCCUGGACGCCCACCCGCCGCCCGACAGCUGCCCGCUGCCCGCCGCGCCCUCCCCGCUGCCCUCGGCCGACCUCACCACGGCGCCCACGCCCUCGGACUUCCUCACGCCCACCGAGGGCUCGCUGUCCGAGGAGGCCGAGGCCGAGGCGCUGGCCUCCCCCGGGGACCCCUCGCACAACCGUUGUCCUACCUCCGGGCCCGGCCCCGCGGCCCCCACCUCGCCUGGACCCUGCAGGCCCGACAGCCCGGGCCCCCCGCCCUGCGCCCCGGCCGCCGCUGCCCACGCCAAGGAAGUGUCCCCUCGCCCCGCCCGGUCUGCUGCUGUCCACGCGCCUGGCCCCGAGCCGCCCCCGCUCGCAGACACAGGACCCCGGGGUCCCCAGGGCCCCGGCACCCCCUGGAAGCCUGGCCCGCCCGAGGACCAGCAGCGAGCCGGCGCCGACCGGGUCCGAGGGAGCCUCCCCGUGUCGGACUCCAGGACCAUCGCCCCUGCCCGGGACCCUCCUCUGUGCCACAGGGCAGCGUGUGGACACGACCCGAACCCCGCCAAAGUUCUCGCCAGCAGCCUCAGUCCCUACCGGGAAGGCAGAUUCGUGGAGCGGCGUCUGCGGUCCUCCUCGGAGGGCACGGCGGGCAGCGGCAGGACAGGCUGCAGACCCCGCGAGGCCAGCGCCGGGGAGGACCCGAGGAAGCAGAGGGCCGACUCGGCAGGCUCAGCGUCCUCCAGGAUGAACAGCCUGGACGUUUUGAAUAAUUUGGGAUCUUGUGAACUGGAUGAAGAUGAUCUAAUGCUUGAUCUGGAAUUUUUAGAGGAUCAGAAUCUUUAUCCUCCAGUUUGCAGGGAGGAUUCCUACCAUUCUGUGGCCUCGUGUGCGGCUGUAGUUCUCACUCCUGUGGAACCCACGGCAGAAAUGAAGAAAAGAGAAGAACUGAAGUUCCCUGAGCCUUCCAGACAGAGCCUGUCGCUGAAGCUGACAAAAGAUGCUGACCCGGAAGCCAGGUGUGCCCAUGCCGGCCGUGUGCCCAGGAGCCCGUCCCCAGACUGUGCCCUCGCGGAGGAGAAUGGCGGGCUAGACUCGCUGCCCUUCAGGUUGAUGCUGCAGGACUGCACGGCGGUCAAGACGCUGCUGCUGAAGAUGAAGAGAGUUCUGCAGGAGAGCUCAGAGCUGAGCCCCGCCAGGAGCACCUCGUCCCUGCCCGUGAGUCCCCUCACCGAGGAGCCGCUGCCUUUCAAGGAUAUAAUGAAAGAUGAAUGUUCCGUGCUGAAGCUGCAGCUGAAAGAGAGGGAUGAACUCAUUUGCCAACUUCAGGAAGAGCUGGAAAAAUUCCAGCAUUUACAGAAGGCUUUUGCUUCAAGAGUAGAUAAAUCCACUCAGACUGAAGUUCUAGGCUAUGAUGGUUUGAAUCUGAAAAGACUGGACGCCGUGCAAGGAGGGAGAGAGGCUACAUAUCGAAAUCGAAUUGUGAGUCAAAGCCUCAGCACAAGGGACAGAAAGGUAACGCUUACUCCCACAGAGGACCGGUGUAGACACGCAGCUGCUGACCAGACGGGCCCCUUCCCCAGCAAGACCUGUCAACUACCAAGCGUCUGUCUCAGCAAUGUCUUGAAGGACAAGGAGCUGGUGGACGGUCUCAGGCACUCCAGAGGGGCUCCUGAAACCCUGCCUUCAGGCGUCACCCAGAACUCCUGCCCCACUGGGCCAUGCAACUCUUUGAAGUCAACGGCCAAGGCAGAAGAGUUUUCCAUGUUCUCAGAGAAACCAAAGGACCGCGCCACUGUGGCUGGACAGUACUCCCCGUUUACUGGCAGGUUUGGCCAGCCUCCUCGAGGGCCAAUCUCCUUACACAUGUACAGCAGGAAAAACGUUUUCCUCAACCACAGUUUACACACCACUGAGCUGCAGGCUCUAGGCCAACACGAUGGGUGA